AUGGGUAUCCUCCACAUCGCCCACACCUGCUCGCAUCUGCAGAACGCGUCCCGCGCCCGGCUCGGCCUGACGUCGAUUGCCAACAACAAGUACAACCUGCGGUUCGUGCUGGCACUGCACCGCGCAGGAUUCCUGUCGUCCGUCACACGCGCAGGGCCCACGCCGCCGGACCCGGCCGCGAUCCUGACCGGCACGCACGUGGAAGAGGUGGUGACGUCGGCCAACGUUGCGUCGCGGCGGCUGUGGCUGGGGCUCAAGUACUGGAACAACGAGCCGGUGCUGCAGAAGCUCAAGCUGUACUCGAAGCCAUCGCGGCUGGUGUGGAUGUCGCUGGAGGACCUGGAAACGGUGACGCGCGGGUUCCCCAAGGGCAUGGUCAAGGGCCUCUCGUUGGGCGAGUGUUUAUUUGUGAGCACAGACCGGGGCAUCCUCGAGGUGCGCGAGGCGCUCGAAAAAAAGGUCGGCGGUCAGGUUCUGUGCGUUGCAUCAUAA